AUGGAGAAUCCAAACAGCCAGGCCUCCAAUGUAUCCAAUGAUGGCCCCCCAGAAGGUGGCUCCGGAUGCUUUGAUGACGACGGUCGUCCCAAACGCACAGGGACGGUAUGGACAGCGAGCGCUCUCAUAAUCACAGCACUGAUCGGAUCUGGAGGGCCGUCCCUGUCUUGGGCCAUCGCGCAGCUCGGUUGGAUUGCCGGCCCCACCAUCAUGCUCCUAUUUGCCUUUGUCACUUACUACAACUCCACCCUCCUCACCACCUGUUAUCGCUCCGGCGACCCCGCCACCGGCAACCGUAACUACGCCUACAUGGGUGCUGUCCGUGACAAUCUUGGUAGCUUCAAAAUCAAGCUUUUUGAGCUGGUUCUAUACGUGAACCUAUUUGGGGUUGCCAUUGGUUACACCAUUGCAUCUUCCACCAGCAUGAUGGCUAUCAAGAGGUCCAAUUGCUUCCACGAGAAGGAUGAGAAGGACCCGCGUCACAUCAACAGCAAUCCUUACAUGAUUGCGUUUGGCUUCGUUGAAAUCAUUUUAUCUCAGAUCCCCAAUUUCGAUCGGCUGUGGUGGCUGUCAAUCGGCGCCGCCUUCAUGUCCUUUACCUACACCAUCAUUGAACUUGGCCUCAGUAUUGCCAAACUUGCAGAGACAGGGAAAAUUAAGGGAAGUCUCACUGGAAUCAACAUCGGGGCCUUGACCUCAACGCAGAAUAUAUGGAGGAACUUCCAGGCUCUUGGUGACAUCGCCUUUGCCUAUUCGUACUUCCUCAUCCUCGUUGAAGUUCAGGACACCAUCCGGUCCUCUCCAUCUGAAUCAAAGACGACGAAGAAGGCGAGUCUUAUCAGCAUAGCAGCCACAACCCUUUUCUACAUGAUCUGUGGGUGCACGGGCUACGCAGCCUUUGGCGAUAUGGCACCCAAAAACCUCCUCACUGGGUUCGGCUUCUACAACCCAUACUGGAUGGUCGACAUUGCAAACGCCGCAAUCGUGAUCCUCCUCCUCUGCGCGUACCAAUUCAACUGCCAACUAUUCGCCUAUGUUGAGAAGACCUUGGAUGAGAAAUUUCCCAACAGCCAGUUCAUCGAGAGGAAGAUCAAACUCCGCAUCCCCGGGUGCAGCCCUUACGAGCUCAAACCCUUCCAGUUGGUCUGGAGGACGGUCUUCGUGAUCGGGACCACCUUCAUCUCCAUGCUCCUCCCAUUCUUCAAUGACAUUGUUGGCCUGCUCGGAGCACUAGGUUUUUGGCCCCUCACGGUCUUUUUCCCAGUCGAGAUGUAUAUUAAGCAGAAGAAAAUACCCAAGUGGAGCACCAAGUGGGUGUUCCUCCAGAUUGUAAAUGUGGCUUGCCUUAUCAUCACCAUUGCUGCAGCCGCUGGUUCUGUCGCCGAUGUAUUUCUCGACCUCAAGUCCUUCAAGCCAUUCAGUACUGACUACUAAACAUCGUGCUACUGAUAGGAAUGUCGCAAGUAAGGAAAGGACCGAGUGAAGGCGCAAGAGAUUAUUUUUCGUGUUCAUGUUCGCAGAAAGUUUAUUGUGUUUGUGGAAUUUGCUGUGUGAUAAGUUUUAGGGUCAUGUUUCAGUUUCACUGUAUAAUCUAUGUAGG